AUGUGCCGCGCCCGGCAGUUCGCUCUCGCUGAGCUCAAGGCGCUGGCGAAGAGGGCGCCUGAGGCGGUGGUGGCCACUGAAGGUGCAGUAGUUGCCAUUCUCCGGGUGGUGGAGAAGCUUUCGCCGGGUGACCAGGAAAUGGAGGAUGCCAAUGUGGAGGCCUUGCAGGAUGCCUUGGAGUGCUUGGGCUGCCUCAUGGAUGACGUGACCAAAGGUGUCAAGAGCGAGAACAAACAUGUGGAGAAUAUUUCCUCGGCCAAGAGGGAGAAGGAGGCGGACGAUACACGGGGUCAACUUGUGGCAGAGCUUGUGGUGAAGCACUCGCAGAACGGCAAGCAACUGCUGCGGCUUCUUUCCGCUGGCGAGACGGCCACACAGUACGACGCGAUGCUCCUGCUGCAGAAGAUCUACCGGCGACUGCCCGAGCCGGUGGAUUCAGCCAUCCUGGCGGAUCCCGGGUCCUUGGGCCAGCUGAUGCACAUCUUGCAGAGCUCGCCCAUUGACUACGUGCGCAACGAGUCUCUGGGGCUGUUGCUGCUGAUCACGGAGAGCAACACAGACAUUCAGACCAUCGUCACAGUGCAGGGCUUCAUUGAGGCCAUUUUCACGCUGCUGGAGGAGGAGGACUUGACGGCCGGGGGCAAAGUGGCGAAGGACCUCCUGCAGUGCUUGAUCAACGUGGUGGGGAACACCACAUGCCAGAAGUACCUGCGUGAAACUAAUGGGGCGGCCUCAAUCGUCAACGCGAUCUCCCUGGCGAUCACGGGGCGCCCCGCUGAAGAGGAGGAGGAAGAAGAUGAAGAGAGGUUGGUGACGGACAGCCGCUGGGCGUGUCUUGGCAUGUUGGUGGACGCCGCCUUGCUCCUGGCAAAGACGGAGGAGGCCAACCGCCUGGCACUGGUGCGGGCGGGCGCCUUGGAGCUGUUGCGGCACCUGGCGCAGAACCUGGAGGAGGCGCAGCUGCGCUUGGUGCAGCUCUUCGAGGCUCUGGAGCCCUGCCCGCAGGCCGCCGAACGUUUGCAGACCUACUCGCGGUCCUCAACGCUUUUUUCGGCAAACCUGGCGUGA